AUGGAGCAGAGAACCCUAGAACUCGAACUCAUCUCAGCCAAGGACCUCAAAGACGUCAACUUCGUCUCCAAGAUGGACGUAUACGCCGUCGUUUCACUCCAGGGCGACGACUCGCACGGCAAGCAGAAAACCAAAACCAAGGUGGCGAAAGACUGCGGGACCCACCCCACCUGGAACUUCCCCAUGAAAUUCACCCUCGACGAGCUUCUUCUCAACCGCCUUAGCCUCGAGUUCAAGCUCGUCUGCGAUCGCAGCCUCGGCGACAAAGACAUAGGCCAAGUCGUUGUCCCCGUUAAAGAGCUCUUCGACUCCGUGGCGGCGGCAGCAGCUGACCCCAACUCCAUGAAGUUCGUUGCUUACCAGGUCAGAAAACCAUCCGGAAAACCCAAAGGCGAACUUCAUUUCUCCUACAAAUUUGGCGACAAAGUCGCCGCCCCAGUGAUGGCGGCGCCCCCGAAGGUUUAUGAGUCCGUAACAGCAGCGCCGCCGAAAGGUUAUGAGCCCGUGACGGCGUAUCCGAUGGUCGGGCCAUCGGCGCCGACAGUGACAGGAUACAGCACUUACCCACCUCCAGCUGGCAGCUCAAAGGGACCGCCGCCAGCACCUGAAUACGGGUACCCACCACCGCCUCCAGGAUACGGCUACCCGCCUCCACACGGGUACGGGUACCCUCCUCCGCCACCGGGGUAUGGAUACCCUCCGGUGCAGCAACCCCCGGUCCAAGAGAAGAAGAAGAAUAAGUUUGGGAUGGGGCUGGGGGCUGGAUUGUUAGGAGGGAUGCUUGGUGGGAUGUUGAUCGGAGAUAUAGUAUCUGAUGGCGGUGGUGGAUGUGGUGGCGGUGGCUGCGGUGGCGGUGGCUGCGGUGGCGGUUUUUAA